AUGGUCCUCCUCCAGCCCAACGCCUUUGUCGAGAACGCGUUCAAAACAAGGGAAGAUGUUGAGAGGGGCUGUAUAGCUCUUCUUGAGCCUCUCAAAGCCCACACGUCAGCUGGAGGCGCAUUGAUAGAUAUUGGAUCCACAGCAACGCACUAUGAUCUGCGAGCAGUUGCGCUAGAGACGUUUGCCAGGCCAAUAUGGGGCUUGACAUCUCUACUGGUCGGUGGUGGACAUUACGAGGGUGUAGAACGUUGGGUCAGGGGUUUGGCAAAUGGGACGGAUCCCAAAGGUCCAGAAUAUUGGGGAGGAGCGAAAGCGAAGGAUCAGAGGAUGGUCGAGAUGUCUCCGUUGAGCUUUGCGAUAUCCAUGGCGCCCGACGUGUUCUUCUCUGGUCAAUCCGACGAGGCAAAGGAAAACAUUUCAGCAUUUCUCCAAACCUGUAUCGGCAAACCUAUGCCAGACACCAAUUGGCUCUGGUUUAGAGUCUUUGCAAAUCUGGCACUGAGAACUAUCAAAUCACCGCAUUUCAACCCUGAGCAAAUGUCUCGAGAUCUUGCACGUCUUGAAGAAUUCCAGUUCCCUCCGCAUCCGCCCACUGGCGACUCUUCUGGAUCUGGAGGAUGGUCUAACGAUGGACCUGAGGACGUUCAUCAGACGGAUUACUAUUCUAGCAGUUUCGCCAUCCAAUUUGCGCAAAUGACCUAUGCAAAGCUCUGCGCCAAGACGGACCCAGAGCGAUCACAGAAAUUCAUCGACAGAGCGCGACAAUUUGUCCUAGAUUUCGUCUACUAUUUCAAUGAUGAUGGCGCUGCUAUCCCGUUUGGUCGUUCCAUGGUCUACCGCUUCGCCGUCAUUUCCACAUUUUCCGCCAUGGUUCUUGCAGAUGUCGAACCUCCUGCGCCACUCCAAUGGGGCCAUAUCAAAGGCUUAGUACUGCGUCAUCUGAGAUCGUGGACGGGUAAGACGGCCAUUUUCAGGAGUGACGGGACCCUCAACAUUGGCUAUGGGUAUGACAACAUGAACAUGACGGAAAAUUACAAUGCCCCUGGAUCCCCUUACUGGUGUAUGAAGGCGUUUGCUUGCCUCGCCGCUCCUCCGACUCAUCCAUUUUGGUCCUGCUCUGAGCUACCCUGGCCAUCUGACCUGUUCCCCCUUCUCAAGGCUAUUCCUGACCCCCAUCAUAUCAUGUGUCGACACGGGAACCACACUUUCCUCCUCUCAUCUGGCCAACAGCCUCACUACGCUAUGCGACACGGUCCGUCAAAGUACUGCAAGUUUGCUUAUUCCUCCGUGUUUGGCUUUUCCUGUGCUACCGGUGACAUGGACAUUGCUCAAACGGCAGGAGAUAGUAUGUUAGCGUUGAAAGACGCGACGCCUGGAGUGGAAAAUGGAGAUGGAGAGACUUGGCGAGUGAGGCGCAAGCCUAUCGAUGCGGAAAUCGUGGGAAGAGGAACGCCUCGCGUUCACCUGAGAUCAUCUUGGAAACCCUGGAAAGACGUGACGGUAGAAACGUGGUUGCUACCGCCUCAAGCCGACUCGCCGAAUUGGUAUCUCCGUGUUCACCGUCUUAGAUCUGAUAGACCUCUUUUGACAAGCGAAGGCGGAUGGUCAACGUAUGGUCAAGGUGAUGAUGGUCGAGCGGUCGUUCAGUCCUUUUCGGGCGAGACUUCCCGUGGAGGAGAAGAACAAGUCGGAUGGGCACGAGUGACAACUCAGCCGGGAUGUGUGGGUAUAUUGGACUUGACGAAAGGUCAGGACAAGCGGAAAGGCAUCUUGGUGCAGACGGAUCCUCAGUCCAAUGUCAUUUUCUCCCGGAGCGUUUUGCCGAGUUUGCAGGGGACGUUGGAAGCUGGAGAAACGUGGUUGAUCACGGCUGUCUUUGGACUACCACAUACAGGCGAGGCAAGGUAUACCGAGGAGUGGAACAAGCAGCCUGUCGUUCCAGAUUGGAUCUUUAGCUAG